GCACAGGCCGGGUACAAUAUUUGGAACCACGGGAACUCGCAGUCACCGCGGAUGCCUAACAAAUCUCGCGGCAAUUUGAGCUUCACCGCCACCGUCGCCGUCACCUGGGAAUUCAGUUUCCUCCAUGGUAUAAAUCAAGCGUCAUCCCUACGACUUUUUAUAAACGACCUUAAAUUCGCCAAUACACCCUGCCAACUGAACAAUGGGUUCCAAAUCUACCAUGAGGGGCGAAAAGCCGGGCUACCAGAAAGAAGGAGAGCUAGACAAGAUACAAGGCAUAGACUUGGGCGAGAUCUCAAAGGGGAAAAGAAAGAGAGGCGGUAAUCCCCGACGUAGACCCAAAGCAGAGAGUACAAAGCAGGAUUCAGAUUCGGGCGCCGCAGAAAAUACGAUCGCCAGGAAGAAGCCCCUCGAUAUUGCUACUCCCGAAGGCAUAGAAGACCACGGUCGGCGGAAGAAUGAGUCUGAGCGCGAAGCCACAGGGCGAGAGAAGAAGGUUAUGGAUGAGAAGCGGUACAGGAAGCAUCAAAAAAAUAACGAAAGACGAGCGGCGAAGCGGCAGGGGAAUGCCAUACUUGAGAAACAGGGCAUUAGUUCAGGAGAACAAACGAGCACAAGUGGUGAUGCCACGACAAGCCAGGGCUCAGGAAAGGACGAGGAGGCGGUUGAUGACGAUGACGACUUUGAUAUUGACAUUUACGGAGAUGAGGAGACGAGGAGGAAGUACGGGAAGGUCAGGAAGUUUGCUUAGCGUUCUCUCUCUGCUUCUGCCUCGCUAGGGCAUAGGUGUGGUUGGAAGCGUAGCCGGCUGCCGAACCGGAAUCGCGAGAUUGGGAACGAAGGAUAGGAUAUGGCGUAGGAGAACAUCAAGGAGUCGCUGGAAGACUUGCUUCAGGAUUACUGCAGACAAGCCCUUUCGUGUUACAACACAUAACCACGC